AUGGAGGUUGGACAAAAGAACGAAGUCAUUGCGACCGAAGCAAGUGCAGAUUAUCAGUUUAUCACGGCCGUGAUCAGCGAGGACAAGGGUGGAGGCGUGGGCCGGGCGGAGGGCGAGGGAGAGUACCGUCUGCCUACUGACGAGGAGAGGAGAUCCCUUUCGGAAGUGUGUGAUACUGUCCCUUGGUCCGCCUACGCCCUGUGCAUCUUCACAGCCAUUCAAUGGGGGGCAUCGGUGGGUGCGGGCACCGUGUUUUGGAACUAUCUACAGUUCCCGCUCCCCAAAGACGGACCUGGCACAGGGGCUUCACCCGCUGGCACCCAGCAAACACCUGGAGCCUUGGGCUUCGGACUGCGCAAUACCAACAUCAUCUACACCUCAAUCGAAUUCCUCGCCCCCUUUCUCAGGCUCUUCACUGCCUGGUUGGCCGACACCAAGCUCGGUCGCUUUAAGAUCAUCGUGCUGGCAUCUUUCAUAACUUGCACAUAUAUGAUCCUGUUAAUGGUGAGCGCCAUACCGGCUCUUCUUCGUGCAAAUAGAACCAAGGGGCCUUUUAUGCUCGCCUACUGCCUGAGAGUUCUGUCAACCGCCUUUUUCGGUCCUGCCAUCAGCCCACUCAUUCUCGACCAAUAUCGGCCACCGCACGACUAUGUCCGCGUCCUCGCAAACGGGCAAGCCGUCAUCGUGAGCCGCAGUGCCACACUCUCGAGGAUGCAAUGGUUGUUCUUCGGCAUUGGUGAAUUAGGACCCUUCAUCUCAAUCGGGACCACAUGGGCAGAGAAAAAGGUCGGCUUCUGGCUCGCAUUCCUAGUUCCCUGCUUGAUUAGUUUUUGUCUCCCAGCGAUCCUCUUGGCCAUUCGUCACCAGACCAUUCGCGUUUCCCCCGAUGGCAAAGAAUUCUCCGACUUCUUUUCGGUCCUAAUCAUCGUGUUGAAGCGGGAGAAAUUUCGCAUCUUCUAUCGCAGCGACGCCUGGGAUGCUGCAAAGCCCAGUGUGCUACGUUCGCGUGGUGUCACAGUGCUGCGAAAGAAGGCAAUAACCUGGACCGACCAUUACGUCGAACAAGUACAACACACCGUCUCGGCAUGUAAGAUCUUCCUCGUCUUCAUUCUCUACAAUUUGAGUGGCGGUGGGAUCGGCGUUGUGUCGUCCAGCCAGGCCUCAAGCAUGAUCACCAAUGGGGUCCCAAAUGAUCUUUUCUACAACCUUGGGAACCUGACGACUACCAUCUGCAUGCCGCUCUUUGUUUUCGGACUCUUUCCGUUCUUGCGCAGACAUGGUAUCCGAUAUGGCCGCAUUGCUCGAAUGACAACAGGCUUGAUAUGCACGUCUCUUUCAUCCCUGGUCGGUUCCAUUAUACAGUGGCGAAUCUACCAGACAUCUCCUUGUGGAUAUCAUGCAACGAAUUGCGAGCUUGGAUCUGGAGUUGCCCCUUUGUCUAUCUGGAUACAAUCUCCCAUAUAUGUUCUCGAGGGCUUCGCGGGCAUCCUCGUCUACACGGCUGCCUACGAGGUCGCGUACCUACAAGCCCCUAGCCACAUGAAGUCAGCUGCCCUGGCAGUAUUACUUUUUGUCUCCAUCUUUUCGAAUGCAAUCAGUGUCGCCUGUGCUCCUGCCAUAUCGGAUCCGAAUCUGAUCUGGGUCUGGGCCGUCCCCGGCAUCGCAAAUCUGGUUCAAACGGCAUAUCUGUACAUCAAUUAUCGCCAUCUAGACGAGGAGACAAUGACUAGGAAUAAUUGA